AUCGUUAUUAUUAUUACAUGUAAUUUUAUUUGCUACAGCAAUAUUAUCGUCACAAAGAAAUAUUCUUCACUGUCUCUCCUUUUCCUUUCAUGCGCGCACGCAUGUAUCAUAUAUUGGACUAUAACUGACAAUAAGAUCUAUUAUUCUUAAAAAGACAUUGUAAAAGAUAGGCACUUGACAUAACCUGCAAAGUAGACAAAAUGUGUUACAAGAGUAAAAGCACGAAAAUGCGCUAAUACGAAUAUAUUGCAAAAUCUGUAGAAAUAGAAUGGUCUUGCAAAACGUUGGCAGCAAUUUAAUUAAAACUGUCAGUAAUGUAUGCAUUAGACAAAAUGAAUGGAGUAGUAACAAAUGUGCUCAAAGAUUAUACAUGGCAUUACCCCGGCUCACACCACAGGAGGUUACAGCAGUUUUGCAAGCCAAUGAAUAUACCAAAGAAUUUGAUGAGGAGAGCUCUGUAAAAUAUUAUGAUUCAAAUCAGCUGGCGUCUAAUAAUCCUAUAGAGGAUACUCGAUCAGAAGCUCAAUGUUUACUUACAAAAGGCAUAUUGUUAGGUGUGUUUGAUGGUCAUGGAGGUCGUACAUGUGCACAAGUCGUCUCAAAGAGACUUUUUCAUUAUAUAUCAGCAUGUUUGUUGCCUACAAGAUUGCUAAAACAAUAUCUUAACACAGUCAAUUCCAAUGAUAAAUUGGAACUUCUUCAAAUAUUCAAUGAUAAAGUGGAAUUUAUUUCUGAAAUUAGAGAUCUCUAUCAAGCAAGUUUUUUAACUUUUGUUAAAGACUUGAUAGGAAUGGAAUGUACAAAAGAAUUUCAAAUGGAAACGACUUUAGAAAAUGCAUUUCUCAGGUUAGAUAAUGAUUUGUCAAAUGAAGCACUUUCAAAUUUAGAUAAAAGCAGUGCUGCUACGACUCUUGCUGUUGCAAUGUCUGGUGCAGUAGCAGCUGUUGCACAUAUAGAUGGUCCACAUCUUCAUGUCACUGGAUUGGGUGAUUGUCAAGCAGUACUCGGCAUACUUUCUGAAAAUGAUGAUUGGUCUGCAAAAUUAAUGACCGUUGAACACAAUGCCGACAAUCGUGCAGAAGUCGAAAGAAUUCUAUCGGAGCAUCCAUUGAGCGAAAAAUCGACUGUAAUUAAAAUGGAGCGGUUACUUGGUCAAUUAGCCCCGCUUCGUUCGUUAGGUGAUUUUCGUUAUAAAUGGAAUAAACAGAUCUUAAAGGACAUAGUGGUACCAUACUUUGGGGAAGCAGCAAUUCCACCAAAUUAUCAUACUCCUCCAUACUUGACAGCGAAACCGGAGGUCAAAUACCAUAGAUUAACACCUAGAGAUAAAUUUCUUAUAAUAGCUAGCGACGGUCUAUGGGAUUUAAUGUCACCCUUACAAGCUGUACGUUUAGUGGGCGAGCAUAUGAGCGGAAAAGUAACAUUGAGUCCAUUGAGGCUACCUCGUAAAAAUAUGAAAUUAUCAGAUAUAAAUAAAAUGUUGUUGCAACGUAAAGAGGGUUUGAAAAAGAAACCCCUGGAUAGCAAUGCAGCGACACAUUUAUUGAGAAACGCGCUUGGUGGUACGGAAUACGGUAUAGAUCACGUUAAAUUGUCGCAAUUAUUAACGUUACCAAGAGAAGUGGUACGAAUAUUUCGUGACGAUAUUACAAUAACAGUAGUUUAUAUGAACUCUGAAUUUUUAAGACACUGCCCCCCGUGAAACUCUGUAGAGAAAUUUGUUACAUUUAUAAAGUUCUCAUUGUUUCAAAGCAUUGUCUCGAAGAAAUUGACGUUUUAUUGUAUACAGCUUGUUAUUUAUUUAAUUAACAAUAAAAACAAUUUACAUGGAAA